AUGGUACUCUGGCCACUGUUCCGGCAGAUCUUUGAAGCGACUGCUUCGGUGCUGCCGACCAAGUCCAACCGGGAGCAACACGCGGAACCCCAUGAUAUCAACGACGAACGUGUUCAGCAGGUCCUGACGAAAGAGCAAUCCAGGGUCAGCACCGUACGCGAGGAACCUGCCUCCGCCGUCAGAAAAGAUAUCGUUCCGGAGCUGGCGUCUGUUUCAGAAGGCGACCCGGACGCGUCCUUUGACAGCCUGCGGGAGCAUUUUGCCCGCAACGCGGUUUAUGCCUUUCGUCCUUACCCGCCGCAUCGCGAGAAACACGGUCGCAGCAAGGUUGGCGGCUUACCGAGUCUUCCCAAAAAUGUCCCGUGGCCAAAAGCGCCCGGAGCCGCUGGUCACGUGAAGGCCGGCCUGCCGCUGCAUUUCCUUGCUCAGAUAGAUCUUGCAGACCUUCCCUGGCGCCCGGAAGGUAUUCCAGAAACGGGAUUGCUGCUCUUUUUUGGCCGGUUCGAUGAGAGCCUCACAUGGGCUGAACCGGAUGUCGCCCCCCAAAACGACAUGCAAGUUCUUUAUGAUGCAGAGUACUCCGGCACUGCGACAGCCUUCCCGAAAAACCUGCCGCCCAUCAAGGACGGCAACUAUCAUUUCGACCUGCUUUUCGGCCUCCCGGGCGAUGAGAAGACCAGGGUAUUUCCGGAAUGGCCGCUGAAUUUUGCGAAAGUCGAAACCAUGCCGGAGAGCGCAGCUCUGCCUUUUGCCUCCCCAGAGGGAUAUGAUCCGGCUCACAAACAUCAUCUUACGGCACAGCUGACAGCGGCCUUCGCCACAAUGGAAACAGACAAUGCCGACAUUUGCGAAUUUCAUCUGUUUCAGCCCAGAACAGAAGAGGAGCGUGCCGAAGGCAAGCCCCUUGUCCUGAGGCCGCAUUCCGAAACGGGCUUUCCCUUUGCACCAAGGGGAAUGUCGCUCAUUUGCCGAAUUCUGCGGAACCGGCACGGAGCAAAACUGGAAGAAACCGGAUUUGAAACCUGUUUCGAAGACUGGCAGAUGCAAGCCGAGACGUUAAAGGAAAGCAAGUUCGAACAGCGAAUGGUCAAUGCGUUCAUUGAAGAUCUGAACGACUUUCUGGAACAAGCCGCCGACAAACGCUACAGCGCCUAUCUGAAGGCCGACAUAGAGCGAGCCCUGCACAGACUGGUCACCGAAACCGGUGGAAGUCCGAACCUGUCAAAACUCGUUCCCGAAGCGGUGUAUGCCGCUGCCUCAGACAGACACCCGGUUUUUCUGAAAGACGAAAAUGGCAUCAAGUGCCCGGAAUUUCCCGGUGCCCGCUCAGGCAACUGUUACCAUCAGAUGUUCGGACACCUGUCUUCGGUGCAAUUCAACCUGCCGCAUGACAGCGCCGAGCAGUUACUGCUGCAGUUGUUCAACGACUGGGGUGCGGAAAUGAGCAUCCGCGAUGGCGGUGAGUUCGAUUUCAUGAUCGAGGAAAGCGAUCUGCAUGACCAUGAAUUCGACAGGGUCAAGGCAGCGUGCGGCGGUCACUGA